AUGAAGGCAAAGAACGGAAUUUCAACUAUUGAAAAAAUUAGAAAAUAUAAAGAACAAAAAGAGUUUCCUAAUAAGAAUGAACUUUUUUGGGAUAUUAAACAACAACAAGCGUCAGACGAUGAAGCACCUGAGGAAAUGUCUUUUCAAGGAUUUACUAAAAAGUCAAGUGUAAAAAUGACAAAAAUGUCCUCCAAAGCAAAAAAAGCAUUGAAAGAAGAAAAAGCUAGUGAACUUUCAUCAAAAGAAUCUCAAAAUGUAGAUAAAAAGAAAACAAGUAAAUUAGAUAAACUCGAAGAAAAUGUUGAGGAUGAAGAAAAUAGUGAUUUAGAAGAUGAGUAUUCUGAAACAGAAGAUACUAUAACUGAUAAUCUUAACCAAAAAUCAAUUACUAAAACAAUAAUUAAACCAAAAGUUCCAUUUAAUUUUAAAUCUUCCUUGUUAUUACGUAAAAGAAAAGAAGGUCAUUUGUAUUUAGAUAGACAAAAACAAAAUUUGUACAUUAAAAAACAAAAAUUUGCCUGA